AUGCGCUUCUCAGCUUUCGCCCUCCUCUCGCUGGUCUCGGUUGCCUUUGCUGGUAACUGCGGACCUCAGAAUGGAAACGCCAAGUGCGCUGCCAACGAGUGCUGCUCCCAGUACGGCUGGUGCGGAACCACACCCGCCCACUGCGACGCAAAGAACUGCAUGCACCCCUUCUCCGGCGCCUCCUCAUCCUGCAAGCCCACCCCAACCACGAUGAAGACCUCCGCGACCAAGCAAGCCACCUCGCCCGCAACCACCUUCCCCACCGCCGUCCCCGAGAUCGACGUCUGCGGCCACGCCCAAGGCGGCGUCACCUGCCCCGGCGCCGGCGCAAACGGCUUCUUCUACCGCUGCUGCUCGUCCGCCGGCCACUGCGGCCCCAAGAACGAUAUCCAGGACCAGAACCUGUACUGCGGCGACGGCUGCCAGGCCGGCUUCGGAAAGUGCGACAACCAGAAGGCGCCUGCUGAGCCCACUGCGCCCAAGGGUACUUCGGGUGAGGGAGAGACGUGCGGUCCUAUUGUUAACAAGAAGUGUGGUAACAACCUCUGCUGCUCUGGUUCCAACUUCUGCGGUUCUGGCGAGGACUUCUGCGGAAAGGCCAACUGGUGCCAGAGCAAGUGGGGAAGGUGCAACUAA